AUUGCUGAAUUGCUACAUCAUCAAAUUAACUACUUCUCCCUGUUAUUCAACUUCUUUGUUUGAAUGUGAUAUAACUAACGCAAUUGACAGUGUCAGAAGCAGUCACAAUUCUCUAAAUCAACUCAGACGCCAGGAUGAGGAUUCAAUCAAGUGUUCUCUUCUACGUUUGUUUGUUAUUUGCCUCAGUGUGUGCUCAAUUCCACAAUCCAUAUCCCAAAAUCAAGUCCCACACCCCGAAAGACAAUGAAGACACUGGAGAGCCUCUCUUUCUCACGCCCCUGAUCGAAGCCGGGAAGAUAUCAAUGGCACAAAACUUAUCUUUCGUCACUCAUGCAAAACUGGACUGGAUCGAGAGUCACGCAGGCUACUUUACAGUGAACAAGAAGUAUAAUUCCAACAUGUUCUUCUGGUUCUUCAGGGCACAAAACGACAAAGACAAUGCCCCAGUUGUUCUCUGGCUUCAAGGCGGACCAGGAGCUUCAUCGCUAUUUGGUCUCUUCAGCGAAAAUGGCCCCUUCUCCGUCACUGAAGAUCUCGAUUAUCCGCCCAGGAAAUACUCCUGGCACAUGCACCAUAAUCUAAUUUACAUUGACAAUCCAGUUGGAACAGGAUUCAGCUUCACGGACAACGAUUUGGGCUAUUCGACAAGUGAGACGUCCGUUGGAGAGAAUCUCUACGAGACUAUGCAGCAAUUCUUUAAGCUAUUCCCAGAGUUGAGAAAAAAUCCCUUCUACAUCACUGGAGAAUCCUAUGCAGGAAAAUACAUACCAGCAUUGGGCUAUCAAAUUCACCAUCAGAAUCAAGUGGCCGACAAUGAAGUGAUCAAUUUAAAAGGAAUGGCAAUUGGUGAUGGUUUCUCAGAUCCACUUCAUCAGCUCAAUUAUGGCGAUUAUCUGUAUCAAAUUGGACUGAUUGAUGACAAUGCGAAGAAUCUCUUUGCGAAAUACCAAAGAAGUGCUGAGAAGCUAAUAGAAAACGGUGAUUACACCGCAGCCUUUCUACUCAUGGAUCGCCUAAUUGACGGAGACAACGGACAGAAUUCUCUCUUCCAAAACCUCACAGGUUUAGUCCAGUACUACAAUUAUCUCAGCACUCUCACCGACGAUGGGUCUGCUGCAAUGGCCAAAUUGAUUGGAAAUGCUGAGAUGAGGAAAGCCAUUCACGUGGGAAAUCUCACAUUCCACGGCUUGGACGAAAACAAAGUGGGAACCUUUCUCAUCCGGGAUAUCAUGAAAUCUGUAGCGCUUUGGAUCGGCGAAUUGCUAUCCUACUACCCUAUUGUCUUCUACAGCGGACAGCUGGACAUAAUCGUGGCCUAUCCGCUCACUGUAAACUAUCUGCAGCAAUUGGAUUUUAAGGAUCACGAUCAAUACUUGGCGGCUGAGAGGCGCAUUUGGCGAGUGGAUGGUGAGAUUGCGGGAUAUGUGAAGGAAGCGGGGAACUUGAUAGAGAUUCUAGUGAGAGACGCUGGCCACAUGGUUCCACUGGAUCAGCCCAAAUGGGCCUUGGAUCUCCUUCUCCAUCUCACUCACGGAAAGCACUACUCAGCACAAUAGAGUUGUACAGACAAGAAGGGCAAUAAAUACCUUGUUGAUGCAGA